AUUCGAUACUUUCACUAUUGGCUUGCAACACUAUAGACAUUUUACUUUUUCAUUCAUCGAGUUCGAGUUUACAAUUUCAUAGUAAUUCCUGCUCAAAGUGAAUCCUUGAUGUGUACCUAUUAUACUUUUAUCGUAAUAUGUUCUUGAUUUUAUUCGGCAAUAGUCGCGUAAAUUUCAAUUGUGUCGAUGAAUUAAGUACUUGUAAAAUAAAUGAAAUACCUUCCGGAUUCGGAUAAUACAUUUUAAUUAUUGGCUUAAAAUAUCAUAACUUGUUGAAUAUAACAUUGACUUUUCACUUUUUUAUUGUAAUAAAAAUAAAUAAAAAAUACUCAUCAAGUGCUUUAAAUUAAAUUUUAAAACAAAUUUUGUGAAAGGACGCGUUAGGAAGUAGGGCAAAUAAAGGUGUAAAUAAAAUAGUGCCGGUCCGCGGUCGUAUAGUAAGUUCUAGAUGUCAACGCAUACGUAAAAUAUUGUUGAUAAUGAGUGUUUUUGUCUGAAUUGCUUAGACGAUGGAAAGGUUGUCUCAUGAUUUAAAUCUGGCUUUGGAAGAGAGUAAUUGUGGAAGACAGGAGCGACGGAAAAUCGGACUGCGUCGACGUACCAGGUCCGCGGGGAAUUUGCCUGCUGCAAUAGCAGUAAGCCUUGUUGAAGAUGGCAGUUCAAGCAGCCCACCUCAGGCACCUCUUAUUACACAACCGCUGUCAGAUUCCGAUGACCCGCAUCUUAACAUACACAAAUCAACGAACCUCAAGUCCCGACACUAUUGCCAGAUCGGUAACUUUGAAUCCGACUCGUUCAAUGAAAAUUUUUCACCCACUCGGCCAGCUAAUGCUAGGAGGAAACGAAAGUAUAAAAAGAUGCCUGUGGAGUAUACUGAUGGUAAACAUACACCACCGGUAGAGAUAUUGUGUAUUGCUACCGAGCCCAAUGUCUUGCCAGUGACGGUCACAAAUCCGUCUCACAGUGUCUCGCCGCUACUACACAGCGGUAAACAAAAGCAAGAAAGAAACGCAUUUUGUGGAAAACGCAAGUGGUCACAUCGAGACAAAGGCGAUGGAUGCGAGAUGAGAGAAAGAUCGUUCAGUGGCGGAUGUUCAUCUAAAUCUGCCUUCUUUAAAAACGAUAUAAAAUCAAGAAAAUACGACACAGCCAAAAAGCGAAAGGAUACCGUGUUACAGCCGGGAAAAAUAGUGCUUAAAUCUCAUAAUACGGAAGAAGUAAAACUUACAGAUACUCCGUCGUUGCUUGGAAGCUGUAGCUUUAACUUCGUCUAUAAGAAUUUAUCCAAAAACGGCACACCGACACUCUCUAAACUCACGGGGUAUAGAAUAGCGACAGAUUUGCCGCCGUUUUUCUGCGCGACCACAAGUUCAGGCAAGAUAGAUGGGAAGUACCACAGAAAGUAUAAGAUGCUGAAUAAAUCUCACCCGCCUAAUCUAUUAAGGAAUCCAUUACAUUUCGACGAUUCAAACAGUGGAAUGGACUGUACGGGCAACGAGAGUAGCUCUUUGAGCAGCAGCGACUCUGACGGAGUUAUUACCAACGACAGCGACAGAGAAGGUGACGAUGAGCUCACGGACUGGCCUGGCAUCGAGGAGCUCAAAGUCUUCAAUAAAAGCCUCACCUUCAAAUCAUCGAAAUCCGUUAACAACAAUUGUACUAAAUCGGUAAGUAAUAUGCCGCCACCGAAGAGGUUGAAGAAAGAAAAAUUUCUAGUUAAAGGUGGCUGGGCUAGUUGUAAGAAUAGGUACAAGAAGAAAAGAGCUAAAGUCGAUUCGGGAAACGACGACGAUGCCAUGAUGUCGGACUCGAAAACGGUCGUCGAUGUUGAAGACGAGGCCUUAAAAGAGAAGGAGAUACUGCCACACUCGUCAUAUUCGACCUUCAGUGACGUCAUGAACGCAGGCGUUUCAGGAAAGAACGCCGAUGAGACGUUUUUUCAUUCCUUUCAAGAAUUUCAAGAGAAAUCUGAAAAAAAGGAGGAAUUUAAUCAGACGCCGCGCACUAAUUUCUCUUUGCAGAAAACAUCGUCGAGCGAUUUGAAUAUAAGCGAGAAAUCUCCCCAGAGCGAUCACUAUUGCAGUGAAAAUUCAAUGGGUAACGCGGGGGUCUCCGAGGUUAGGGAGAUAAGAGCAGGAUGUAGACGGAUACGUGAUGAAAGACCAGGUUUUCUCAUAUUAAGUGCAGCGAACGAACAGUUGUCUAAGUUUUUACAAGAUUCGUGCCAAACUGAGCUGAAAUUACCGAGUUUUCAAGAUCCCGUUGAGAAAGAAAAAUUAGAGUCUUUGGCUAAGUUAUACUCUUUGGAGCUACAAGUCGAAAUGGGACGACCUAUUUUGAGGAAAACUAGCAAUACGACUCAAGCAAUCAGGGUAGAGAAUCUCUCCUCCUACCGCAAUCUACCUUCAGACCACAAGCGUAGAUGCUAUGGAGACGAGGCGGACAGCAGUCUAAGCCUCAGUGACCCAAACUCGGUUAACUCAACAAAUGAUCUAGAUGAUUCCAUCCCGGAUGUCAAAUUGUCAGAUCUACCCCCAGAAAUAGCAGAUUCGUUUAAGUACGCCCAAAUCGAUAAAUCAUUGUUGCAUCCAGGGGAAUUAGAUUGAAAUUUAUAAGACCUAUUGUAUAUUAAAAAUGUUUAUUAUUUAGUGUUUAAACUAUACUUAGGGGCUAGCCUUCAGCUAAGCGUAGGCAACCUAGCUAGUAGCUGUAGAAUUUAAACAACUUGUCAAAGACAAAAUCCACAAUAAUCGUUACGUCAUUAACAAAACAAGUUAUUUUCAAUUAGCUGAGCGCACUACGUGUUUUUAAAAAACAACUAAAUCCUUAAUAUUAAAAAAGGUGGCAGUCACGAACCUGUAACAUCGAAGUUGAUUGUUAUUGAAAUAAUUUUUUUUUUUUAAUUAUCUUGAAGAAAAUUAAUAAAGAAAUCUGGAGUUAACUCGAUAAAAAAUACAUUUUUUUAUUAUUAUAUUAAUAUAUGUAUAACAACGAAUUACAUAAUAUACGCAUGCACACAUAAGGGAGUAGCGAACUUCGGCGAGCAUGAUGGCGUAUAGAGCCACAUGCCUUUCCGACUUACGAGUCGAUGUUGCUCCCAAACAGGCUUCACAACCUAUACCAGUCAGUUAUCGUACCAGGGCCCUAAAAAUUAUCGUACAUCAUCGUACAGCAGGAUAAUGAUUAUAAAAUACAAUAAUAUUAUACAAAAUCACAACCAUAUAUUUGAAAUAACUUGUGAUUACAGUUGAAAUCAGCAGUAUACUAAAAAAAAAGGUCGUCGUACAUUUUUUUUCGUUUUGAUCCCGCGAAAUAUUUUAAAGACAGUAACUACCAACAAUUAGUAUCAAACCAAGAUAUGAAGCGGCUGCCAUUGUUCCUAAGAAAGAAAUGAGCCAAUACAAAUGAAACAAUAAGUAAAAACAAUUAUAAUUGUUAUUGGUUAGUGUAAUUAUCAAAUUUUACAUCAUAAUGGAAAUUAUCGUACCUUUGUGAACCCUGCUUCCAAAGCCAACAUCAAAAUAAUUAAUUUUCAGUAAGCCUGAAGUACAUAUGUACUCCCAUAUAUAUAUAUACAUUAUACAAAAUAUAUUUGUAUAUUCAUAUUUGAGAUAAUUGAAAGUCAUCCUAUAUAUAUGUUAUAGGUAACCUGCCAAAUCUAUAGAACGUUUUAUAAUGUUAUCUAUAGUCAGUCUGUUAUUUAAUUUUGAAUGGUUUUAUCAAUAGAUUUGCAAUUAUACAGAUUAAAAAACAUAUUAACACUAAGGACGCCUUUAGACGUCAUACAAAUACUUAGCUAUUGUCUAGUGUCCUUAAAAGUGGCAAGAUAAUUAUUAAUAACAAAAUACUUUAGUAAUUUAGAAAGUAAGGGUUUAAACCCUGUUGUCACCAUUUUGUACGAUUUUCUAUUGAAUAUUAAGAUAUGCCUUAGAUGUGAUGUUAUAUAGAGGGUCCCAGCAAACACGACCAAUGUACGCAAGUUUAGUAAACUGUGAGGUUACAUUUAGAAUCUGAUACGUAGUUGAUGAUGAAUGUUAGUACUUAUUGCGAUAUUUAAUAAAAUAUCGAUUUUUUUUUUGAUUUCGCUUAGUUAAUUGUAUUUAUAUUUUAUUAUUUAAUAAUUAUGAAAACAAUUUAUAAGAUCAAAUAAACUUAAAUUUCACGAAUCUAUCUAUCUUAUUAGUAUAAGAGAUAACGAGAUGUAGAAGCGCAUAGUACAUCUCACUUGCACCUUUUGUAUUUACACAGCGUAAGCAUUGUCACUUUGUAUUGAUAAUUGAUAUGACUUGCAAAAUGUCUUAAAAUAGCUUCAGUAUCGUUUAUAGUGUUACGAAUAUGUCAAAUAAUUAAAAAUACUAAAUUGCUUAUGGUCUCAUCUACAUAUCUUUGAAUAUUAAAAAGACAUAUAGCAACAAUAAAAUAUACAUUUCUAAGCCUGCUAAUUCAUAGUAGGUUGAAUUUAUAAUAUGCUAUCAAUAAUUUAAUUGAUAAAACAUAUAUAAAAGCGGGUGUCAUACUUUAAUUUAGAUGAGCAAGGUUUUUAGAUAUAUUUAGUAAAAGGGCCCCGCCUUUUAUUUAGUAUGUGCACAUGCGUUCUCAUCUACGUGAUUGACUAUCUCUAUCCUCUAUCCUAUCUAUAUAUGGCAUAGUCUAUAUAGUGUCUGGGAUCUUAGACGAUAAUAUUAUAUUGUGAUAAAAUAAAGAUGACAAUUGUUUUCGAAUAUAAUUGAAAUAAAUUAACCAUAGUUUUCUAUAAAUAUUCAAAACUAUAACAUU